AUGCCUGAAUAUUUCCCCUUCCACAGCGAAUUCAGAAAAAUAGUUGACACCCAAAAAGGUUUGUCUUGGCAGGAGGCAAAUGACAGGAGAAAGGUUUCAGGAUACAAUGAGUUCUCAGUAAAAAACGGCGACCCAAUAUGGAAAAAAUACUUGGAACAAUUCAAGAAUCCUCUGAUCCUGCUGCUGCUUGCCUCGGCUGUCGUUUCUGCUGCAAUGAGUCAAAUCGAUGAUGCCGUCAGUAUUACAGUAGCUAUAAUUAUAGUAGUCACCGUAGCUUUUGUUCAAGAAUAUAGAUCUGAGCAAUCUCUGCAAGAAUUAACCAAACUUGUACCGCCAUCAUGCCACUGCUUGAGAGAAUCGACGCCGGACAGUUUCCUCGCUCGGGAAUUGGUUCCUGGCGAUGUGGUAUUCCUGAAUGUCGGUGACCGAGUUCCUGCAGAUAUACGUAUAUUUGAAGCAACUGAUCUCACUAUCGACGAAAGUUCUUUCACGGGUGAAACGGAACCGGCAAAGAAGAACACUGAUUCUGUCAUCAGACCAAAUGGAGCACAUUCCUCGAACACCAACAUCGCCUUCAUGGGCACCCUAAUAAGAUGUGGCGUUGGAAAAGGAAUAGUUGUAAGCACAGGUACAAAUAGUGAAUUUGGAUCUGUGUUCAAAAUGAUGCUGGAAGAAGAGGCGCCAAAAACACCACUACAAAAAUCCAUGGAUAAAUUAGGAGCACAACUCUCCAUGUAUUCGUUUGGAAUAAUCGCUUUAAUCAUGGUUAUAGGAUGGAUUCAGGGUAAAUUAAUAAUGGAAAUGUUGCAAAUCGGCGUCAGUUUGGCUGUUGCAGCAAUUCCCGAAGGUUUGCCAAUCGUCGUGACAGUAACAUUAGCAUUGGGUGUAAUGCGAAUGGCAAAGAGGAAGGCAAUAGUUAAAAAAUUACCAACGGUAGAAACGUUAGGCUGUGUUAAUGUGAUAUGUUCUGAUAAAACAGGAACAAUAACUAGGAACGAGAUGACUGCCACUGUGCUGGUUACGUCUGAUGGAUAUAUAGCAGAAAUUACGGGUGCUGGUUAUAAUGAUCAUGGACAAAUAUUACUACGCACUAAGUAUGAUUUUCCAGAUAAGGCUAGAGAAAGUAUACACGCAUUGUUGGAGAAUGAUAAAGACACAACUGGAUUAUGGUUAACGGCUAGUGAGGCAAGUAGUUUAGAAGUGGCAGAAGUAGCUGAAAGAUUGCGAGUUGACACCCAAAAAGGUUUGUCUUGGCAGGAGGCAAAUGACAGGAGAAAGGUUUCAGG